AUGAAUCACCGCGAAAAUCAUUAGCAGCAACUCAGUUGAGGGUGCAUAUCUUGCUCAAAUAUUUGACUAGAAUAUACAACCAAGUUGUAACUAUCUCAUUCAUAGGCUUACAAUAUUUCGUUGUUGUGUUCAAAAACUUCAUUUUAUUGUCGAUUUGGCUCAUCUUUAAAAACAAUGUUCAAAUAGGAAAGCUAUCCUUUUCUCUAUUUGUCAGUUUCGAAAAAGAUUGAGUCCGCAUAGGCACAGUAAAGAGGUUGCUUCUUUUUGAGAUUUUGGGUAAAAAGGUAUUUUAUUCACUAGAAAUGUUACUAGUGGUACUUGGCUAUAGUUGAACAGAUGUAAAUACAAGCGAAGAGUGUUAUAUCCUUUGGUUUAUAAUUUGAAGUCCGUCACUUUCUUCUGGCGUCUUGUUGAGUCGUAAUGGACAAAUAGCAGUGAUUUACCUCUUGAAAGGAACUUGUGUGUAUAAAUAAAGAUGUGUGUGUGUGUGUGUGUUGCAUAUACUUUGAGAAGCAACAUUUCAUGAGAAUCCAAAAUUACUUUUGAGAAAUUCGAAUGCAAUUUUACAACAGUUUAGUGUAAAAUAUGUAUCCAGUUGGUCAUGUAUUGUUUACAGUUUGUGAAUCCCUUUUACUGUAACGUUUUUCGUAAGAGUAGCGUUACUCUUUUUGGUGGACCUUUGUCGCGAAGAAAAGUUUCGGGUUUUGUUUGGUACUUUCACAAGUGCUUCGUUUCGACACCAGCAAAGUUCCAAUUGGAGAAGAAUGUAGAAGAGCCAGUGUAUACUUUAGGAAAAUAUUUCAUGAAAUUUAGGAAUCCUGGGGGAUUUAAACUUCCUCCUGUGGUUCCUUCCAAGAAACAAGAUCUUCAGAGAGCUGUUUCUCUUUUGGGUCAUAGGACUCAAGGAUAUUUAACAGCUCCACGUGUAAUUGAACUUAUUCAAUUGGUUGGUGCAUAUCCUCUAGAUAAAGAAACUGCGCAGAGAUGGAAGGGUGCUCUUGAAUUGUACCAAAGAAAGGAAGUCAACUUAGCUCCGAAGUUCCAGAAAACUACUAGUAAUAGACCAAGCCGACACUUUGUAUAUCGCGAGGGUGAAGUAGUAGGCUCCGUGUUGUAUAACAAGUUUAUGGACGUCAUUUCAGUUCCACGAAAAGAUGAAGAUGUCUCCAGAGUCUUUCGUAUUUUAGGAUUGUUCUGUGGACGUGGAUUCUUUCUAGAAGAGGAAAAGAAACAGAUACAACAGUUGAUUGGAUAUAUUCCAAGAGAUAGCAGGGAAGCAAAGAGAGUAAGCAACGCCUUGAAAAGAUUGGUUCAUGCUCGUGUGAUGUAUGAAAGGCACCCUCCUGUGACUCCUGAAGAUUGUCAAGUUGUCUUAAAGAUUUGUCAAUUGUUGUGUAAAGUGGAACGCUUUGGAACUGCUGGAGAACAAGGUGAUGCUUAUAUACAGGAGGUUCUUAAGGGCUUUCCAAGGAACGAGAAUGUAGCCAAGUGGUGGUACAAAAGACUUUUAGCUGUUUACCGUGCUCAUGAACGAAAAGCAGAGGCUGAAACUAGGAAGAACUACCUUGAACAAGUGAGAAAUGAGAAAAAAGAAAGAAAAAAACUACUUUCCAUUUUGAACAAGAGUUAUCAAGUUGACAGCCAUAUAAAAGAGGCUGGAGAUACAUUUUUCUGUUAGGUUAUAAUGUUGAUUUUCCAAAGCAUCAAGUUUCUCAAUUAGUUUGGUAAUUAUGUUUAGAAAGAAUUUCAAACUCUUAUUUCUCAACAGAAUUUCCAUUCUUUGAAAAAAUGGCUUAAAGUUGUAUACAGUUUGUCAAUCUCUCUCUUUCUCUGUGGAUUUGUUAACAUAGGUGUUAUGAAUACAAAUAUUCCAUUGACUUGGCUAAUGAAAAGUUUAUCAAUACU